CUUGGACAUUCUAACUGGGUAUACUGAAAUGCGAAACGCUAAUCACUCAAAAGAUAAACCCAAACGCCGUAAUGCCAGCAGAAUCCCCAGAGUGGCCAUAUCAUCCCCUCUUCUUCCCAACAAUCAGCCUCGAAAGAGCAUCCCUCUCUCUCUUAACCGCCACCAACCUCGCGUCCUCGAUUGCCUUCCCCUCCAACACACCCUCAAACCCCUUCUCCCCCAUUGCAAACGGGCUAACGACCUUCUUCUGCGCUUUCAUUCUCGUCUUCAACCCAGUCCCCUUCCCUCCUCCCCAAACAACACUCCACUCCUUUACCCUCGCACCCUGGAAAAUCUCGCAUCUCGCACAAACUUUCGCAUGCCCGCCAACAUCCACGCCCCGUCCAAUAACAGCCUGGUUAUCAACCACCGCAAAAGAGUGUACCCUUGCGCCCGGAUGAACGACCGCCUGCAGACCAAUGAUGACAUUAUUUGAGAUCACAAUCGAUUUCUCCUCCCCACUGCCGCCACUGCCACUGGACGUGGAAUCUGCUGGAGCUGCUGGCGGCGGAUACGUCCCAAUAACACUCUUCUCGCUAAUAAUGCAUCCGUCUCCGAUCCUUAUGGGUCCCUCUGUUGCGCAGAUCCUCACGCGCGGGUGGAUUACUGUGCCGCGGCCAAUUGAGAUAGAGUAAGGGCCGCAGAAGUACGUUUGUUCGGCGAUGACGGCGCUGGGGUCGGCGGUAGUUUUUGCAGGGAUUCGGGGCGCGCCCGCGGAUUGGGCUUGGGUUUGCGCGGAGGCUGGAGAUGCAGAGGGGCGAUGGUGUGGAGGGGGGCGAAGAUGUUGUGAUGAGGAGUAGGAGGAUAGGGGCGGUUUAAUGUCCAUGGCUGUUA